AUGGAUGACAUUGUUUUCCCUCCAUGGGUGCUCACCUCUCCUGUCUUCGCAUUUGCUUCAGUACUGGCACGCUCGAUUAUCAAAGAAACGUAUCUGAAGGACAGCUCCCUUCAGAAUAAACUCUCGCCGCAAUUCACACGAAAUCAGCUCGACUUUGGGGAAUCUUACCAUGAUAGUGAAGCGAAUCCAUCAAACGUGAUGAUGUGCCCGAAGGACACCGUUGCCGGAAUGAUCAGGCGCUCAAGUGAGGAAGAGGAUGGCAGCGAUAUCUCAGGCAUCCUUUCCACUUCGUCCGCCUUUGAUUGUGACACGCUGAGGGAGCGGUGGGUGAAGUUUGUGAAUCGGACGAGCUUCUCGGAUCACUUUAUACACGGUGGAGUGGAGCAGAAUGGGACAGCUUUGGGUGAAGCGUCACUAAAUCGUCUUCUGAGCACACGCCCUGCAACACUCAGGGCCACAUUACCAGGUACAAAUCAUGCAGACUGCUUUUCCACCAAUCUGACCAACGUCACCGGUAUUCUACACGAUCCACGUGUACAGCGUUUGAUGCGACUUUCGUGUCUGAGUAAUUUUGCGCUUUGCAAUGCGCAUAGCAAGGAGAUGGCAAUAUCGGCCAAGCACGCGGCCGCCAUCACUGCACUAAUGGCUUUCACGGUAGAGUGUCGGUAUCUGCCCAGUGCCGUUUCUGCGGGGUUCUAUGUGGAAUGCAGCUCCUUGUUCAGUACCUUCGUGAGUAGAUUGAGAGAUUACAACUUUUGUGAAGGUGUAGACAUUAAGGGUUUCGUGGCCGCCAUCAUCGCAUGUGGGCUUUGCCUGCGGAAUGAGGAUUCGCGCAUCUAUAACAGUUCAGACAACAAUAAAAGUUGGGAGUCUUUAGAUGAUAGCGGAAGGGAUGCUAGGCUGUUUGGGUUUGAUCCCCGUAUCAUUGACAACGCAAUCCUGGCGUGUAUCCCAAGUUGUAUCGAUGAGGGCGUUAGUGAUCCGAUAAUGCUGGGCGCACUUCAGGGUCUUGCUUCUACUUACUCCCACAUCCCACGCUAUCUCGGCCCUCCCCUAGUUAGUCGGCUACUUCAAUUGACGGAUGAAUUUGUGCAGACGCCGCAUCGUCGCGACCUACCUUACAAGAGGCUCUUGUCGCGUUUGCUGGAGGCCAUGACCGGAUCCAGAGUCGUCGACUACAAACACGUCCACGGUUGGGUCACCGCGACAAUUCAAAAAAAUUAUAUCGUGCGCAGCCUCUUUCAGAAGGAGGAUUUACAUUCUAGGGUGGUUACCUCCGUGUUGACACUGCUUAUCCGGCAAUACCAAGAGGGGGUGAUGAAAUACCUUAGCGCAGGCAACAAGAAGGAAGAUCUGCCAGACUUUAGGGAAGGAAACAGGGCCAUCGAUUUGGUUUGGAAAGCGCUUCAGGAAGCUAUGGCCAUUUGGAAAGAAAUAUCGGCCAAACCUGUCACAUUGUACGGCGCCAAUUUGCGUGGCCUAAUCGAAAACUUACUGCGCAUGGAGGUAGAACGGUUACGAUGUGCUCAUCUCCUCAAGGACUCACAGAUCGAGACGGAAGUCAGUUUCAAUGCUAGAGCCUCGUCUGGCGUGAAUAUUGGUGUAGAGUGGCAAAGAAAGCUAGGUGCUAGUUCAACAUCAGAACAAGCUUCUUCAUUCGUGCUACAUAGUCCAGACGCUAUCCUUAGCCAUAUGAAAGCGGAGGGCUAUACACCAUAUAGCCUUUCUGACAAUGAGGAGCAGCUUCGCGUUCGCAUUCUCUCCAACAUUGUGAGUUUCCUUUUACUACCAACAAGUAUUAUGAGCGUCAUUCACAAAAGUGACGCACAGAUGCGUCAGCUGCGCAGCUACUUGGUGGGGCAGUGCACUAGUGUGAUGGCCAUCGUAUCCUCUGCGAUACCCAUCAUCAAUGAACACGCGAACCACGAGCUGCCCUACCCCUUGACAAAUGAUGAAGGGUCCACGGAUGCGUGUGGUUACCGCUUCCCAGAGGUGGGGUGUGACACAGGGGCAGCUCCGAUGCCGUCUGGUUCUCAGAAACAAAAUGUCCAGUUGUCUAAUUGGUACUACCACAAGGUAGCUAUCAUCACCCGCGAACUGACGCAGAUAGUGAUUUGCAUCGGUGGACGACCUGGCGGGACUUCCAUUGCUAGCCAUCCCAAUGCUGCUUGUGCUUCCAAUACAUUGUUUGGGACGGGGGACGCCGAUACGAUUGAAGCUGCCGCAGCAUGCCUGCAGUGCAUGUGCUCCAAUGACCCCACCAUCUGCUCCUUCGCGCUUUCGGAGGUCAUGGAUGCAAUAUUGCACGUGUUGUCGCAUAAAAAAGAUACCAACGAGUGUAAUCAAACAGAACUAGAGAACGCGAAACAGAUGGCCCAUCGACUCACUCUUUGCUUAGACACGCUGGCUAGUAUUGUGGUCCCAAUGCACUAUUCCUUGACACAUUCAGUGCAGCGCGGUGAGCUCGCGCGCUACGCCCAGCUGCUCUGCGAUACAUAUGAAGAUUCCCUUCGCCAGGUCCUCGUAGACAAUGAAAAGAGAGACACUGGUGAUGGGAAGGCAUGUACGCGGAAACUUGAUGAGGCUAAUGCGUCAUUGGGAGCGCUGAUCAUGAGCCUUCCCACCCCUAUCAUGACGGCGGCGGCUGAUGGCUACUGGAAACUAGUAGCUCGCAUGAGUGAGCGGCAGCACGUUAUGGCGUGUGAUGCGACGAAACAUCUCAGUGAUGAUAACGGCACAGGCGAUGGGAAUGUUCGAGAAAAGAAGAUGCGUUAUUUGAAGAUCCUUAAUGAUGAAAGUGAAGAUUUGGUGUUGUUUAUUGAAGGAGCAAUGCGCUGUAUGCUCAACAUAGCAUGGCCAGGCUCGGGAAUUAUCUAUCAGCAUCCACCACGCGGCGCCAGUCUUGAGCCAGAGAAUAUGGCAGAGCUUGCUUUGGCAUGCAUUGGUCAAUUUCUGAAACCUCUUUGUCUACUUUUUAACCUCGUGGCGCUGUUCCCAAUUCGUUCGCCGCGCGAUGGCAUUCUGGCACAUGCUGAGAAAACGCGGUGCAUCGCCCUUGAGGAUUAUCGCGAGCAGCACAUUCAUUGGUACGUCUACCGCCCUACCAGGAUGGAAGCCGCGACGUCGCAGCCCGGUAAGGACAGCAAGGGGAGUGCUGCGGCUUCUUCAGCAGCGAAUCGCCAGGGCCACCAGGUGCACCAUCUUCCCGAGUUUCGAUCCUGCUGGCUGCUCCUGACUUACUACGGCUUCACUUCCGAAGCGCUUGCGCUCACAAGGGCGCGACUGUGCAAAGGAGAUCACACAAAGCCGCACCACGUAGGAAAGGGGGGCUACCUCAGUGAGGCGCAGGCACGACAUAUUCGACUGCUCGCAGUCUCGGCAGCCCCACUUCUGCAAAUGCGAUCCUUGGACAUGCAUCAAGCUAUCGUUGACAUCAACGUCCUGCUUCGCUAUAUGGGGAACGACUCAGGCUUUACCAACGACAAUGCACCCCUGAUUCGCCGUCGACUUGACCAUAUCUUGUGCUACAUGUGUGGGGAUAAGCGCUGUUGGAAUAAAUUAAGACCGAGCGAAGUGUUCUUGAUGCAUGCCUUAACAAAUCUGGAGAUGCUGCGUGCCUCUGCCGGAUUUAUCUCGAAUUUGACGCUAUAUCAUUACUUCGACGCCUACGAGUUUGUUGCCUUGCCGGCCAUUCGUAGCAAGCUCCAGCACAUUGUAUCGGCCAGCUCCAAGAUAUACCUCGACGCCCUCGGGACCUUCUUGCCAAAUGUGGCCUAUCAGCUUGUGUCCAAGGAUAUAUAUCAACUGGUGCUUCUGCUAGGCUUUUCUCUGGCUUCAGUGAGAGAAUCUGCGCGCAUAAUAUUGCGCAUGAUUAUCGGAGCCCUUCCGGCCUAUGCGACGUGUGGCUCAGGGCUCCAGUUGCUGUGGUCUAUCAUUAACUUAGUUGAAUGUGGCAGCGCUUCAGACAUUGUCGAGUUUUGCCGGAAAGUGCACCUCAGUGAAGCACCAGCAAUCUUGACGGAGGUGAAUAGCAACGACCGGCAUAGACACUUGCGCAUGCUACGGGCCGAGGCGGGGUGGUGGAUGCGUGAGGCCGCUGACAAGGCCACUCUCGCGCUUUCUCACACCUCUCUCAGAUACAUUGAGAGUGAAAAUCUUCCAACAGGGUUCAUGUUGUCCAUGAAGAAAAUUGCCAACUUCUAUUUGGUGACCCCGGCCUCCACUCGGCAGGAGAAUGCAUUGAAAAGAAGGGCCGCCCGUCGCCAAUACAAGUCGUUAGGCUUCUCGAGCGGCAUCGACUACCUCGCGAUUGCUGGGGAAGACUUGCACAGCUACGUCCAGGCGUUUAUCAAGCACAAUAGCGCGAAGGAGCAGGUGAUUUUUGCGUUACGCACGUCACCGAUUCACGUGGUCGAAACGCGCAUUCUAGGGCAGCUUUGUGAGAGGAUUCAGCACCGCCUGCGGCUGACGGGGGCGAGUAGAAUCCCUAAGAGCAUCUGUGAUGCGAAGGACAUGGCACGCAGACGGAGCGGGGCAGCGAAUCAGCUGCACGAGCUUGACUCUCUAAUGUGCUUGGCUGUGGCAUUAAUGACAACCAGCUUUCUCAGCCCGAGUGGUACUAUUCAUUUUUUUCGCUUUUUAGUACAAGGCCCAAUCGAGAUCUUUGAAAGUGACAUUCUCCGCGCGGCGAUUGGGUGCUGGAGCCGUUUGCUCGCUAGCGACUGUAACACGUUCGUGCUGCCGCUACUUAUCCAAAUCGCGAAAGGCGUGGUGUGGACCGUGAGCCGAAAGAAGGGUCUCUUUGAUGGGGCGCGCCCAAGGCAAAACGAAGAGGUGCAGACUGCCACAUGCACGGAGGCGUCCGCUGCAGCGCACGUGCCGUGUACCCAUAACUACAGUCGUAACUCCCCGCACACGCUCCUCUUCAUCUUCUUGUCAGACACUUACCUCAACACAGAGUACCCAUGGGCUCUUGAUCGUUCGAUUUUACUGACAUUGUAUCAUAUGGCAACGCAUAUGGUCGAGUACCCAUCGCGUCUGUCCCUGAGGGACUCCUCCUUCGCGGACACGAUGCAUGCGGCGGUGCUGCUCGGGAAAAUUUGCUUCACCCUCCAUGACGUGAGUAUCCAGGGCCAGAAAGAGGCUUUGGUUGGGAUGAUACCCUGUGAAUCUAUUGGGGUACUACGCCAGCGCUGGUACACCUGCCUGCUCCAGUGGUUUCAGUCGAGUCGCCCAUCGUGGUAUUUCACUGAUGACCCACCACAGGCUCUCGAAAUGAUGAAUGUACUAGAAUCCCUGAUUCGCCUGUUAGAGAAGGAGCACACCCUUCUCACUCACAGUACCAGUGGUUUCCUGAGCUUCGACACUUCCACCGCGCGUCGUAACCCCAAGCCUGCGACCUAUUCAUGCGCUUCUGGCGGCAGCAUCUGGGACAUGUCCCGCAUUGCGCGUGACCACAUCGAGGCCUUACGCUUACAGAUCGAUACCAGUGAUGUGCACCAGCUUGUAGAUCAAGAGCAAGCACGUCUGCUGGGUCUCCUGAAACUACUACAGGUCCUUAUUUGGCAUGAGCUCAUUCGGCUGAAAGUGUGGCAGACACCGCGGCGUACACUCCGCAUCACAAACGCUGGCAUGAUCUCAGCGACGGGAGUAAAUAUGACGCAUGGUGUAGAAUGGUCAUGGGGGAUGCUAGUUCAGGUCGCGGCGCAACACGAUCCUGCUGUUUUAGUGGCCAUGGUGGCGCGAUUUCCAAGUAUUCUUUGCGUGCGUGCGCUCGCAUCGCAGUAUGUGGUGCAAUCCCCGGAGAGAUACGGCACCAUCCCUGAGGCUGUUGACCUGUACCUUACGAAGGAAACCCUGGACGCAGGAGCACCUGGGCUUCGGUAUUUCGUGAACUGUAGUAUCAUUCAGGCGCUGCGUCUCCUCGAUAAGCGCUACAUAUGCUACCCGUGUGUGACCUCCUACGCGAUCCGCAGUCUUCUCGCACAACCAAGCGACAACCUCAUCUUUUACCUGCUCCAAAUUCUACAAGUUCUUGCAGGCGAUGAGAGUGGUAGAAUCCAGUCAUUUCUUACGCGCAUGUGUGACAAAAGCACCAUGUUCUGUCAUCAACUCCUGUGGGCGUUGCAGACAGAAGGACGUGGAGACAGCUCGUUGGCCACGAGAUGCAAAGGGUUAAGCCUGGUAAUUCAAGGUAGGCUCAACGAAGUCGCACACACUUUUUACAUCAACGAGUUCAAUUACAUAAGCCAGCUGACGUCCCUUUCCGGGGAGUUGGUGAAGUUUGGGAAGUCUCAACGUAAGCCGAACCUUCGACUUCGCUUGCAGGGCACGGCCUUUCACGAUCCUAUCGCGCACCAGCAUCUGUACCUGCCGAUCGAUCCAAGCUAUCGUAUUGUUGAGGUUAUCCCCGAUACUGCAGUUGCUCUGCAAAGCGCAGCCAAGUGCCCCAUUCUCGUUCAGUUUCGCUGCACGCGACGUGGGCUUGAAGACAUCCAGCCUCCAUGCAAGCCAUUGAGUAAAGAGGGGAGCCCUGCUCAUGAGCGACUCUGCGCGACCAGUCACACUGAGGAGCCGGGAAGGAACAAGGAAGAAUCUGUGCUAAAGUCCUGCAUUUUUAAAAUGGGUGACGACUGCCGGCAAGAUCAAUUGUCGUUUCAACUUAUUUGCUUAAUAAAGCGUAUUUUGGACACGAUAAACGUGCCAUCUUUCCUGCAUCCAUACCGCGUCCUGACUACCGAUCAUGAUUGUGGCAUCAUCGAAUACGUACCACGAACGAUGAGUCGGAAUGACAUUGGAAAGUUAGUCGAGUCAAACAUUGCUGAAUACUUCGUGCGCACUUUUGGUCACCCUGAAUCUGUCGGCUUCAGUCGUGCACGUGAUAACUUUCAGAAGAGUGUGGCAUCCUACUCGGUAGUUUCGUACAUUCUGAACAUCAAGGACCGACACAAUGGCAACAUUUUAAUUGAUGCUGAAGGUCAUGUCGUGCAUAUCGACUUCGGCUUUUUGUUCGACUCCUCACCAGGUGGUGACAUAAACUUUGAAUCCUCACCUUUUAAACUCACGACGGAGAUGGUGCAGCUGAUCGGCAAAGAUGUCGGCUUCAAAUCUAACUUGCGCAGUUCCUCACUCGCAAAGGCUCUUAUCGAUCCCGAGCGUUACAUCCUCUUUAAGGAGCAGGUGAUUCGAUGCUAUCUCGCUGUGCGUCAGUACAGCGCUGAAAUAUGUACCCUCGUCGAACUGAUGCUGCAUAGCGGCUUGCCUUGCUUCAAGCCCCCAAAAACGAUCUCGGAUCUGAAGCGGCGGCUCGCGGUCAACAAGGGAGAGAUUGAGGCCGCGCACUUUAUGCGCUGCCAGAUUCACGAAUCCCGUGAAAAUUAUCGCACAAGGUUGUAUGAUACUUAUCAGCACUUGGUGGAAGGGAUUGAAAUGUAA